AUGAAUGACACCCUCGUAGCCUCCUGCGUCUGCGACAACAACGUCUCCCCCAACCUCACCCAGUACACACAGACCCUCCCCUACAACAUCUGCACGCAAUGGGGCACAAACUGCGUAAACGCCUGCGGCAUCGGCCAAAACGCCUGCGCCGACGCCUGCCGCAGCGACCACCCGUGCGGUGCCCAGGACCCCUACAAGGGCAACGCUACCUCCACCUCCUCCGGCUCCUCGCACUCGGCGACGGCUUCGGCUACCGGCAGCGACGCCUCUGCCUCGUCGACGGUCCCGAUUACUGGCUUCGCAGGCGCGACUUCCUCGCCUGACUCGCCCGGCGCUGCCUCCACGCUCGUCGGCUUCGGCGCUAGCUACGGCCUGGCUGUCACGCUGGUUGGCAUCUUCGCGUCGCUGACCCUGCUAUGA